GUUCUCCUUUGCUGAAUUUGGUGCUGAUUUUUCUACUUUAGAAAGUAGAAAUCUUGUCGUGGAAGCUUGGCAUUUUUUGAUGAAUCUCUGUAUCUAAAAAUAAUAAUAAUAAUAAUAAAAAUAAAAGGCUGGAAAGAGAAAGAGAGGUGUUGAAAUGAAAAGAUUGAAGUGAUUAGGAGGAAACUAGCUUCAGAAAGAGGUAGAGAUGGUGGUGAGGAAAGUCGGCAAGUAUGAAAUCGGGAGGACCAUCGGGGAAGGAACGUUCGCGAAGGUGAAGUUCGCACAGAACACGGAGACCGGCGAGAGUGUAGCCAUGAAAGUUCUCGAUCGCAGCACCAUCAUCAAGCACAAAAUGGUCGAUCAGAUCAAGAGGGAGAUAUCUAUAAUGAAGCUUGUUAGACAUCCUUAUGUUGUUCGUCUUCAUGAGGUUCUAGCAAGCCGGACUAAGAUUUAUAUAAUUUUGGAGUACAUUACUGGGGGUGAACUGUUUGAUAAAAUAGUUCAUCAGGGACGUCUUAGUGAAGCUGAUGCUAGAAGAUAUUUCCAACAGCUUAUUGAUGGUGUGGACUAUUGCCAUAGUAAGGGAGUCUACCACAGAGAUUUGAAGCCAGAAAACCUGUUACUUGAUUCCCAAGGGAAUUUAAAGAUUUCAGAUUUUGGCCUUAGUGCGCAGCCUGAACCAGGAGUUAGCCUCUUGCGGACAACUUGUGGGACCCCAAACUAUGUGGCACCAGAGGUUCUCAGUCGUAAGGGUUACGAUGGUGCUGUGGCAGAUGUUUGGUCCUGUGGGGUCAUCCUUUAUGUUUUGAUGGCAGGUUAUCUUCCAUUUGAUGAUGUUGAUAUCACCUCGUUAUACAGUAAGAUUGCCAAAGCAGAAUUUUCUUGUCCAUCAUGGUUUCCAGUGGGAGCAAGAUCUUUAAUUCACAGGAUUCUGGAUCCAAGUCCUCAGACACGUAUUACAAUUGAAGAAAUCAGGAGUGAUGAAUGGUUUAAGAAGGAUUAUGUUCCUGUCAGACUUAUUGAAUAUGAAGAUAUUAAUCUGGAUGAUGUAAAUGCUAUUUUUGAUGAUCCUGAGGAACAAUGUGCUAAUGAGCAAUCUGGGAACAAUGAUAUGGGUCCUUUGAUUCUAAAUGCAUUUGACCUAAUAAUUCUAUCUCAAGGCUUGAACCUUGCAUCCCUCUUUGAUAAAGGGCAGGACUCUGUGAAGCAUCAGACACGAUUUAUUUCACAGAAGCCAGCAAAGGUUGUUCUUUCUAGCAUGGAAGUUGUUGCUCAAUCAAUGGGUUUCAAGACACAUAUCCGCAAUUACAAGAUGAGAGUGGAAGGCAUUUCUGCUCAUAAGAAUUCUCAUUUCACAGUUAUCCUGGAAGUUUUUGAAGUUGCUCCAACAUUUUUAAUGGUAGAUAUUCAGAAAGCGGCUGGUGAUGCUGGUGAAUACCUGAAGUUUUACAAGAACUUCUGUAGCAACCUUGAUGACAUCAUUUGGAAACCACCAAACGAAACAGACAAAUCAAGGAUUACCAAGUCUAUAUGUAAGAGGCGCUGAUUUGUUGUCCUGUAAUGUCUCCUGCAUUUCGCGUGUAGAUGGCUUCAUACAUCAAGAAUCAGUAAGAGAAAAAAAAAGAAAAAAAGAAAGUGAACGGAAGAGAGGAGAGGAGAAAUAGUGAAUAGUAUGUACUGCUACAAGGUUUCUGCCUGGUUGCUGUUUGUAAAUCUAUCCUGUUUGAGCUUUAAUCCAUUUCCCGAUAUAUGUAAUGCUUAAGAAUAAAAACCGUGAGAUGGAAACAUAGUUUUGACGAGAUUAAAUGAACAUUACAUAGUUGUACGCAUCUCAAGAUUGCUUGAGUGCCUUAAACCAAUGAAUAUAUCUGAAGAAACUUU